AUGCCGCCCGACCAGUCCUUCUGUGGAGCUUUACAGCCGUGGGGUCCCCAAGAAACAGGGGUCGUCUUCUACUCUCUCCACCUUCCCUGUAUUCGUCGGUUCGAGCUAACAAAUAGAGGCAACCGUGUGCAUUGGCUCUCGUGGAAAGCAAAAUGCUACAGCCCACCUAAGGGGAAGGACCAGAGUGUCUCAGCCCUCAGCAGCCCCAAAGAUGCUUCCCAGAGCCCCAAACGUGCCGCCCCCGUGUUUGAGGUGGAGCUACCGACGGGGACACUGCAGCCAGGCGAGUCUGUGGACAUGGUGCUGCGAGGCUUCUCCCACAUCUCGCAGGAGGUGCAGGAUUAUGUGUUCUGUGAAGCUGCCAUUGGGAUAACCAGCCACAAAGAGAAGAUAAUAGAAAUAAUCAUUACCUGCAAGUUCAUUCACCCCUCUAUAGAAGCAUCAGCCAGUCAAUUCUCUUUCCGGGUGGAGAAGAAACCCAGUGAUGUCCUGACGCUGCAGUACCAGCCUUUGGCUUUAAAAAACACCUGCCUGCUGCCACUGGACCUUAUGCUGGACUUGGAGCAGCCAUUCCUGGUCUGUGAUGAGGACCAGAAGCCCCUCCCUGACGGCCAGGUGAGCAGCCCUGGACUCCUGCAGUGGGGUCUGAAGAGGAGGGAUGUGGUGGUGCCUUUCUGUUGGGAGCUCCUUGAGUCAAGAAGUUUAUUCUGCAGUAUCAGCAGUGGGCUGCCUGUGACAGUGGGUGUAGGGGAGACCUGUCAUCUCUACAUCGCGUUUGACCCAGCUUAUAAACUGGAUUUUAAGAGCUGGAAAAUAGAGAAGGUUCUGAAGAUAGACAUGGUCAGGGGCCAUCCUUUUGUGGAGCGUAUCACCCUUCGGGGAGAAGUCCACUUCCCAAGUCUCCGAAUCCAGCCCGGCACCCUGGAGAUUGGCUGCAUCGUGGCUGGCACUGAAGAAGUGCGUUCUCUGAAGAUCACCAACCGCAGCCCACUUCCCGUCGAGUACCACUGGUCAUUCCAUUCGGACAGCCAGGUGAACAAGUUGAGAUAUGAGCCUUACCCACCUAAAUUCAAACCCCAACCACCAAAGGGGAAGAGAACCUAUUUGGGUUGCCUGUCAUCUCAAUGGAGACAGUUCAAGAUUGGAAGGGAGGAGGCAGCCAGAGCCCUGAAAGAAUUGCAGGAUUUUAACCAAUCUUUAGGAACAGAGGUGCAAAUACAACUGCCUGAACCCCCUCGCUUCCCACGAGAGUUGGUGGGAUUCAGGCACUCCGUGGACAUGCCACACACUCCCCUCGAAGUGGAGAAGGCUUUCAGUAUCGUGCCAGUGUCAGGUGUGCUGCAGCCGGGAGAGAGCCAGCAGGUCUCCUUCACCUUCUUUGGCCACCUCAACACCAUCUGCAAUGUCACGGCGCUGUGCCACGUGGAGGGAGGCCCCACCUACGAGGUGGUGGUGACCGGAGAGGCCUCACGUGUCAGCUACUCCCUGAGCUCCCGGGAGAUCGACUGUGGCUCUCAGAUGUUUAAUGAAAUUCAUCACCGCACAGUCACCCUGGCAAACACUGGCAAGCCUGAAUUCAACUGGGUGCUAAAGCCUAGCACUGCCGACCAGCGUCUGCCUGGCGUGUUUCUGGUCAAGCCCACCACUGGCUCCAUUGCACAUGGCGAGAAGCAAGUGCUGAAAUUCUCUUACAUGCCGGGAUUACCAGGAGCCUUCAGCAGGACUUACCAGCUUAAAGUGGGUGACCUGGACCCAGAAAAUAUCUGCCUGAAAGGAGAAGCGUCCUUUCCCAUGAUCAGGGUGAACCUGCCCUGGAACAUCAAAGGAAAUGAAAAAGAUGAGAUCACUAAGAGUCAGACCUCGAAGACUCGGGAUCCGAAGACUCAGGGCCUGAAGCCCCACAUCCCUCGUUCUGGCAUUGUAUCAAACACUCAGCUGCAGAUAGAGAUGAUGAGGAUGCUGAUAAAGAAGCCUUCUCUGGAGCUGCAGAAAAAGCUCCCAUCCCAUGCCCUGAAGAGCAGGUUCCCUGAGAAGGAGCUGUGCCAGCGUCUUGUCAAAGUUAACCUGCUCGAGUAUGUCCUGGACAUGGGCCCUGUCCUGAAGGGUUACACUGAGACACACACUCUGAAGAUCACCAACCCUGGGCAGAUCUAUGUGUCCUUCCAGGUCAAUGUGUCUGUCCUGCGGGACACAGGUUUCAGUGUGGACCUGAACAAGAUGGAGGACCUGCCCCCCAACCACACCGUGGCGUUUGAAGUGCGCUUUGAAAGUGCCCACCAGCCACAGGGUGACGUGGAUGUGCUGCUGCCCAUAAAGGUGACAAAAGGCCCCACGUAUAACAUCCGCCUCCGUGCCACUGUGUCUGAAAUGUCGCUCGACCUCUCCAAGAAGAGACUGCACUUCUCUGACAUCCUUGUUGGGCAGUGCCAGGUCGAGACCAUCCGACUCUACAACUGGUUCCGAGUAGCCUGCAAAUGGUCCAUCGAGCGUGUUCCGAAGAACAAUCACCUCAAAUACAUGACAGUACGUCAGAAGCGGCAGGCGCUGGAGGAUGAGCCCUGUCCCUUUGAAGUAUCGCCCUCCAAAGGAACCCUUGGUGCAGGAAAGUGGCAGAACUUGCAAAUCCAGUUUACACCCGAGGCGGAGAGCUCUUACAGGAAUGAGCUGGAGCUUAACAUUUGUGGGAGCAGCAGUCACUUAAAGCUGCACCUCUCAGGAGAAGGUCUGGAGCCACGGUUGGAGUUCAGCCCCCCAGCACUAAAGAUGGGAUGGAUGCUGGUGGACAGUGAUGGGCUGGAGGCCACAGUGGUGGUGAAGAACCCAUGCAACUUCCCCAUUGAGUUUUACUCCCUGGAUUUUGAUGAGCAGUACCUUGAGGAGGAGAAGAUCCUGCGGAUGGCAGUGGGGUCCGAGUAUCAAAAGUGGUUUUUUAUGCCUCCACGUGCCGUGGGUGAGACGCUGCCCCCAGAGGUGCUGGAGGACCAUGAAGCACAGAGGAGGCCGAAGGCUCAACAGGCAGAGCUGAAGGCCAUGGCAGAGGCCAAGGCCAGGGCUGAGGCUGAGGCCAAGGCCAAGGGCAAGGCAGCACCAGCACAUCGCAGGACUCUCACAUUCUGUCCUGAGUCCAUGCUGAAAGUGACUGGCAGUCCCAUCUCUCGGGCUGUCAUGCGCCACCUGGGCAUUGACCCGUCUUCAGAGAGGCGUGAAGCGCAGCAGCACAGAGGGAUUGUUGUCAUCCUCCAUGGGCCACCCCGGACAGGAAAGACAGAGAUAGCAGCAGGCCUGUGUCAGUAUUAUGAUGCUGCUUACGUGUCCAUUGACACCGUGGUGAAAGAGGCCAUGGCCAACGAUGGGAGCCCAGCAGGGCUCUGUGCCCGGGAGCUCUGCACCAAGGCUGCCAUGGAGACAAAAGACAAAGACAAAGGUGAAAAGUCUCUGACCAAGAAUAAAGAAGCCUCUGGGGAAAAAAUCAACAAGAAGGAUGCCAAAGGCAAGACCCCUUCAGCACAAAAGAAGAAGGAGCCAGGCAGCAAACUCGACAAAAAGGACACCAAGUUCACAGUUUCCACUGCUCCUGCGCCGCAGCAGCUGAACAUCAGCAGCAGUCAUGGGGAAGAGCUGAACUGCUUGAGCUGUGUGCUGCCCGAGGACCUGCUGGUGGACAUCCUCAGUGAGAGGCUGAAGUGUAAAGACUGCUACAAGGGAGUGGCCUUUGAUGGCUUGGAAAGCCUCUUUGCAAGCAGCCUGGAAUCUUCUCUUCUCUGUGUACUCAAAGCUGUCAAAAAUCGUCGUCAUAUCUUCAUAUUGAACCUGCAUCAGGAUUAUGCUGUUUGGAAAGCCAGGGUUGAAGCUGAAAGAGAGAGGAAGGAAGCUGAAAGAGAGAAGAAAGAACUGCAGUGGGAAAAAGCUAUUGAGAGGAAGAGAAAACUUUUAUUGCAAAUGACUGAGGAUGAGUAUGACGCCCUCCCUGAGGAGAAGAAAGCAGAAGUGGAUAAAAUAUUCCUGGAAUGGGCGCGCAUACGGAGGAAGAGAAGUGUCUUUAAGUCCAUGAUGUCGAUUGGCACCUUCUUCAUCAUCUCCCUUCACCAAAACAGUGGGACUGUGAUCUAUGAGUCAUCACAGCAGAACGUUGCAGAGCUUUCCUCCUACUGGGACAGGGUUCAGGGUACCAUGCAGUUACCUGUGAUCCCAAAGGAAAACAACUCCCAGUCUUCAUCUGUAAAGAAAGGUCAGAAGACCAAUAAGCCUCAGGAGAAGGUGGAGAAGCCUGAACAAAAAAGUGGAGACCAAAGGAGUCUUCAGUCAUCUCAGCUGGAGAUGCAAAGCGAAGUUGCAGAGGGGGCAGUCAGAGACGAGCAUGUCGGGGUGCCGUGCCUGGACAUCCAGGUCUCAGAUCCGAAGGCCACGAUCAGGGAGAUCCUGAGGGAUGGGACGCUGCCAACGGAAGACGAGGUGCUGCAACAUGUGGGACUGCAUCCCGACGGGCCUCCCCUGCCCCCUGCUGCUGUGCUCUCCAUAGUCGAGUACCCAGAGGAGCGGCUGGCCUCUGCAGAGCGCGUGGAGCCCUUCGCCAUUGUGGCACCGGGAGGUGCUGCUGUGGAAGACAGUCUGGCCAAGGCCCCUGAUGUGAAGGGCAGUUCUGCCGAGGGCCGACCAAAGACAGGUAAAGCAGCCAGCAGAGACAGCUCUGCAAAGGAGAAGCAGAUCUCCACACGGAGAACAGAAAGUCCCCGGGAUUCCUCUGCAACAAGAUCCAAAAGUACACUGGAAAGUGCCUCAGUCCCCACAGAAUUCCUCAGGCUGAAACGGUACCGGUGGAUAGUGCCUGCCCACGGUGAGGUGGAACUGAAGGUCCAGUUCUCCGCCAAAAAGCCAGGGAAGUUUGAGCAGACACUGAGGUUUGAGCUCGUGCAGACAAAGCGCCAGUACGAGCUGCCCUGCUGUGGCACCGGCCUGUACCCCAGCAUCAGCCAGAACCCACGGGUGGUGUUUCCACAGUGGAGGGAGACCAUGAAGGAAGAUGAAAUCAUCUUCAAGGAAUAUGUUGAGAGCACAAAGCAAUUCCACUUUGGGCCGCUGCUGUGUGGGAAAUCAAGAGACUGGUACAAGGCCCAGAACUGUCCCGGCAACUCGGAGAAUAUAACCAUCCUCAACAACUCCCCCAUGGACGUAGAGGUCCAGUUCUCCUUUGAGAAUGAUGGGAAAGCAGAGACGUUCCUUUUGGACCCUCCCAGCAUGGCACUGAAACCAAAGGAGAAGCAGGAGCUGACCAUUUGGGCAUACCCCACUUCCCCUGGCUUCCUGGAAGACAAACUCUUCUGCAGCAUUGGGAAGAACCCGGACCCAGUGGUCUUCAGCCUGUGCUGCCAUGGGGUGCACGUGAAGCUGGAGGUCAGCCCCCUGGCGCUGUCUUUUGGCAAGCUGCUUCUGCACAGGACUGACAGCAGGACCUUGGUCCUGAGAAACGACAACCUGCUGCCCAUGGCCUGGCAGCUCAAUGGGCUGGAUGACCUUGCUGAGGACUUCUCCUUGUCCCAAGAUAAAGGCACCAUUGAUCCCCGCUCAGAGUUUGAAGUGGCAGUGCAUUUCAAGGCCAGGCAGAUUGGCAGCGUUAAGAAGACCCUCCGACUAGAGGUUUCAGAUACAGAAAAUGUCCUGGGGAUUGUUCAGGCUGAAAACAUCAAAAUCUCUGCAAAGGUCUAUGAGGUUUCUCUGAGCAUUGACAUGCCCAAAGGUUCAGAUGGAAGCUUGGAAUUUGGAACCAUUAAUGUCCUGGAUAAUGUGAAGAAAGUCCUGAGUCUAAAGAACAAAGGGGUAUACAACAUUGAGUACAGUUUCACGCUGAAGGGUGCAGGUCCCGGGAUGCAAAACAUGGCAUCCUACUUCACUGUUGAGCCUCAGUCAGGCAUGCUGACUGCCUCCCAGCCUGGUGUGAAUAUUGAGAUACUCUUCCACCCCACAAGUGAAAUCCUCCUCAAGAACAAGCCCAUCCUGUACUGCCAGGUGAUAGAUGCCAGCUCAGGUGAAGGAGGCCAGGUUGUCACCAACAUCCCAGUGAUGGUGUCAGCAAAAGCUGAGUACAGCAAGUACAGCAUUGAGCCUGCCUCACCCAUCGACUUCGGUGCCGUGAUCAAGGGCACCAAGGAGACCCAGACUGUCGUGCUGGAGAACAAAGGCAUGCUCGGCUUCAAAUUCCGCAUCCACCGAGCACCCAAGGAGGCAUCUGCAUUGGAAAGCAAAAGUUCAAAGCAAGGGGAAUCUGCUCCAUUGCCUACAAAGCACUCAGCAAAGAAAUCAAGCUCCUUGACACAGGGUCACCUCAAUCUUGGCAUGUUCACGGUGUCCCCCUGCUCCGGCUCCAUCCGUCCCCGGGGCCAGCAGAAGAUCACAGUGGAAUGCCUCGCAGAGCAGGAGGGGACAUGUGAGGAGCAGCUCUACAUUGACAUCCUGGGCAGAGACCCCAAGGACAAUCCCCUCGGCAUUCCCUUUACCUUGAUUGCCAAGUCCUGCGUCCCAGGACUCAUUGAGGAUGUCACGUUAAUCUUCAAGGAGUACCCGAUCUGCAGCAGCACCGACCUCAGACACAAGAUGCAGUCGGUGAAAGGCAGGGGCCUGUUUGUCAGAGAUGAGAACAGAUUCAUCUUCAACAAUGUUCUGGUUGGGCAAGAGGCUGUAGCUCAUUUCAGUAUCUAUAGUGCGAGCAGUCUGCCAUGUGACGUGGUCCUCUCCAUCACACCCCUGCCUGGAAAGGAACAAAUCACUAUCAAAAACAUUUUCAAUUUGGAUCCAGUCAAGAUGUCCGUUCCUGGCUCAUCUUAUGCCAUUGCUACGGUGACCUUCACCCCGCCAGAUGAGCAGAACUACAACUGCACAUUCACGGCUUCCCUUGUCAUCCCAAAAGGCUCUGUGAAAAUCAAACCCCAAACCCUGACCUUCACCAUCAGCGGGAGGGGGCACGAGCCGCAGCUGACAGUCGUGUGCCCGAGUGCUCGCAGCGAGAGGGGAAACGCCGUGCUGCGCUUCAAGAGGCUCCGGCUGGGGGAUUCAGAGACGCUGCCCCUGGUCAUCCGUAACAACGGCAGCAUACCUGUCAAGAUUAUGUUACACCUGGAGGAUAAGCAUGGAGUGUUCUUCUUGAAAGGCAGGGCCUCCACACUCAGGAUAUUCCACACUGAAGAUGUGGAAGAGGACUCCGUUGGAAACGAGAGCAAGCCCCCGAAGAAGCCUUUCUUCCUUCUGCAUUGCGGGCAAUCGACAGAGUUUGAUGUCAUUUUCAAACCCACGCGGGCUCGACGUCUGGAAGGGGAGAUUUGUCUCUUCAUGGGGGACAUGUGCUCUAACAAAACCCUAGUAGAGCUGGUGGGUGAAGGCCACAAGGAUGAAUUCACCCUCGAUGGCCUAGAGGAAGACACAAUGGAGGGGAAUGCUGAGAGCAGUCUGAAGAAAGACAUCAUUGAUGCUGUCAGAAUGAAUCACCUCCAGUUUGGGGACUGUCUUGUCGGGAAGCGCUGCAGCAGGACCUUCACCAUCACCAACCACACCCGUAGGAAGGUCAUGCGCUUUGAGUGGGAGGCAGACGCCCCAUUCCAGUUCUCCCCCAAGGUGGGACACCUCUGUCCUCGCCGUGCCAAGGACAUCACAGUGACUUUGAAAUCAGAUGUCCCAGCCACCUUCAGGAGGCACCUUGUGAAAUGUAAGGUGACCAAGAUCAACUUUGAGCUGCCACAAAGGGAGGUUCCUGACUGGGAUGACCGAAAGUGCACUGUCUCAUGGAAGAGUACCACCAGGAAAGACCCGGGAGACAAAUUCCCUAAAAUAGAGAAGGUGGUCGAGAUAGACCCAGAACCGGCUCACACUGUGGUGGAGGAGAGCAGCCAGGAGGCCGAGGUGUACCUCAGUGCCGUUGCUGCCCACAAGCAGUUGAAGCUGAAGACGAUGGUGGUUCAGUUCAAGGAUACCCAGCCCUCCCAGACAAGGACAACCACUUUCAAAAUUCACAACGCAGGGAAGGAAGCCCUGGAGUACUCCUGGGAUUAUGCCGCAGAUAGAGAACCAGUGAACAAGCCAUUCUCAUUCACUCUGAUGCGUCGGUUCCUCUCCGAUGAAACUGUAAAGCAUCGCAGAAAGCUGCUGCGUAGUUACUGGUGGGAGCUGGAACAUCCUCCUAAGAUAGUUCCUAAAGUGCGGCAGCGGCGGCCUGACAGGAGGCUGCGGUUAGCCAGAUUGCGGCAGCAGCGGCGAGACCGGCAGUGGCGCUGGGACUGGAUAUUUCACCCAUGA